AUGAAGCUCCAGCUUGAAAAAUUUUGGAAAUUGGAUGAAAUUUUGGAGAUAAAGCAUUACACAGAAGAGGAAAUUGAGUGUAAAAAUCAUUUCAAGCGGAAUUUUUCUCGUGAUUCAACAGGUAGAUUUGUUGUUAAGUUUCCAUUUCGUAGAUCUGGCAAUGAACUUGGGUCAUCAAGGGAUGUUGCUGUACAUCGUUUACAAAGCACUGAACGUCAAUUUAUUGAGAAUAAAUCUCUUUCCAGUCAAUAUCACAAAUUUAUGGAGGACUAUCAGCAACUUGGUCAUAUGGAAUUGAUUCCAGAAAAUGAAAUUGAUGUUCCAGCUAAUUCUAGUUUUUACCUUCCGCACCAUGCAGUUCCGGAUAAAAAUGGUGAUAAAUUUCGAGUCGUAUUUGAUGGUUCUGCAAAAUCUUCUAGCGGCAUUUCUCUUAAUGAGAAAUUGAUGGUUGGUCCACAGACUGAUCUGACAACAUUAAUUAUUCGUUUCAGAAUUCAUAGAAUAGCUAUAACUGCAGAUAUAGAGAAAAUGUACAGACAAAUUAUACUAAAAGAUACAGACUUUCAGAGAAUAGUCUGGCGCGAUUCGACAUUUAUAAAACCAAUUCAGGAUUUUCGAUUAACUAGGAUUGCUUACGGUACUCCAUCAGCUCCGUACCUUGCGGUAAGAUGUUUACAGCAGUUAACCAUAGAUGAAACAACUAAUUUUCCUUUGGGUUCCAAGACAUGUCUUAGGGACUUCUACGUUGAUGAUUUGAGUCCGGAGCCAGUUCAGUUACUGGAAGCUAUAGAAUUACAAAUGCAAUGCAAUUGA